AUGGGACUCUUUUCAACAGCACUUUCAAUUACAGCCGAUGCUGCAUUUAUAACUACUUCAUUGGCUGCUGUAAGACACUUUACAGGUUUCUCUGUACAUAGAGUAGCCAACCUAAUUAAAAAUGAUUCAGUAAAGAAGGCAGCUGUCGUUUACUUGAAUUCUGGUGAAUUCAUCUUUGAUAAAUCAUUGGAUAUCAUCAACAACAAGGUUCAAUCAAAUAACAACAAUAACAAUAACUCUUUACCACCAAAUCAACAAGAUAACAAUAACAAUAAUAAUAAUCAGAAUAACAAUACUACAACUAAUCCAUAUUCUAAAAAGAUUGAUAUCAAGAUUGAUUAA